AUUUUUUUACUUUAGAUUAAAAAGAAAUAAUUAAUGAAGUUUUUAAAGCCUGAUUGGGUGAAUCAUAAUGGUAAACCUAUUUUUUCCAUUGAUGUUCAUCCUGAUGGCUCAAGAUUUGCAACUGGUGGUCAAGGGGAAGAUGGAGGAAUUGUAAUAAUAUGGAAUGUGGGACCAGUCAUAAAUGAAAAGCUUGAGGCAGAUUUUUCUGUUCCUAGAAUGCUUUGUCAAAUGGAUGAUCAUACAGGUUGUGUUAACUGUUUACGUUGGUCGACUAGUGGUAAAUACUUAGCAUCUGGUGGAGACGACAAGUUGGUGAUGAUCUGGGAACUUUCUUUGAAAAAAGGUUCAUCAACUUUGUUUGGAACCGGGGGUACAGUCUUGAUUAUAGAAAAUUGGAUUUGUGUUCAUGUUUUGCGAGGUCACAUUGGAGACAUUCUUGAUCUUGCAUGGUCUCCUGAUGACAGUUAUAUAGCAACAGGCAGUGUUGACAACACAAUUAAUAUUUGGAAUGCUCAAUCCUUUCCAUUAUUAGUUCAUACUAUAAAAGGUCAUAAUGGUCUAGUAAAAGGUGUUACUUUUGAUCCAGUUGGAAAGUAUUUGGCUUCUCAAGCAGAUGACAAAACAUUAUGUAUAUGGAAUGUUUCUGACUGGUCAUUGGAAAAAAAAUUUACAGAACCAUUUGUUGAAUCUAGUGGAACAACUCAUGUUUUGCGAUUGAACUGGUCCCCUGACGGACAAUAUGUAGUUUCUGCACAUGCAAUGAAUAAUGGUGGUCCGGUUGCUAAAAUUAUUCAACGUAAUGGAUGGAAAUCAAAGAUGGAUUUUGUAGGCCACAGAAAAGCUGUGACUUGUGUGAGGUUCAAUGAUCAAAUAUUUUUUGGAAAUGAAUCAAAGCAAUAUGUGGCAUGUGCUAUAGGAAGCAGAGAUAGAAGUUUAUCAAUAUGGCUGACUUCACUAAAACGACCUUUGUUAGUCAUGAAUGAGUUAUUUCAAAAUUCUAUUAUGGAUAUAUCAUGGAGUAAGUGUGGUUAUUUUGUGUUUGCAUGCUCUCUGGAUGGAACUGUCGCAUUUUUUAACUUUUCGAAAGAAGAACUUGGGAAAGUUCUGUCUUUAGAAGAGAAGUAUAACUACCAUAAAAAAACAUUCGGCACAAGUAUAAAAGCCAGUAAAUCAUUAAUAAUCUCCUCUGUGUUGGAGAACCCAGAAUUUCAUAAAUUUCAGAAACAGAAACAACAAGUAACAGAAGAAAUAAAUAAACAAGAAGGAAGUGAAGUUAUCAAGUUAAAUCAAAGUUCAGAACCUAAUUCAGUAUCGCAGUUUUCAAAAGGAAUAAAUAAAGAUGUGAAGCUUUGUGCAGGAACCUUACGAAGUAGCUCUUUAGAGAAGUCAGCUGCUGAGGAUGUUUUGAAAAAGCAAUCUGAAACAAAGACUAAAGAUGGAAAGAGAAGAAUUGUGCCAAUGUUGGUUGAACCUCAUCAAGAUUAUAACAAAAGUGUUGGUAAUAUUUCUAUAGUGGGUACAUCCUUGAAUACUGACAAAAUUGAAGUGACACCUUCAGUUAUUUUAACUACUAAGGAAACUUUAAUUGAAAAGCUAAAUAAUCAAUCUACCCCAUUGAAUAGUAUAUCAGCAAACACUGUAAGUGUUUCCACAUCUAUAGUACAAACACCCACAGUUGCAUCAACAGUUGCAUCAACAGUUACAAAAAAUGUAUCUAAUGUAAAUAAUGCUGGAGUUAAAAGAAAAGCAGAAGAUAAUUUGUAUAAAAAAAGCAAAAAGAAAAAAGAAAGAAGUAUAGAUCUUUUACUCUCACCGUUUGGCAAGUCAAAUGAAUCCUUAGAAAAUACUCCUUCUCGUGUACUUCCAUUUUUUAUUCCUGCUCUUGAACCCGAAAAGUUUUAUUCAGUACAGGUAAAUCUAACUUCAUUAAGCCAACAAAAGAUCAACACAACAAUAGAAGUUGAAAAUCAAUUGGAAAAUUUAUCUGAAAAUACAGGUCUGCAUUUUAUUAGAUGUUUUAUUGAAAAGGUAGUCCAAUGGGAGACAUGUGUUUCUUGUCCUAUUAAUGGGCUUGUGGCUAAUGAAAAAUUUGUUGGUGUUGCAUGUGUAGAUUGUACUGUUCAUGUUUUUUCACAAAGGGGCAGAAGAUUAUUUCCUCCAUUAAUUAUGGAUUCAAAAAUUGCUCAGUUUCAUGGAAACCAAUUGUUUCUGUUAGUUAUUACAAAAUGUGGAUUAACAAGUGUUUGGAACACUAAAACAAAAAGCAUUGUUGUUAAUAAAGAAUCUUUGUUGCACCUGUUAAAAGAUGGUACUUUGUCUAUAACAAGUUGCUUUAUAAAUAAAAAUGGUAGUCCUAUAAUAACUUUGUCAAAUCAUUCAGUGUAUAGCUUUGAUACACAGUUGGCAUCAUGGACAGUUUUGUCAAGUGCAUGUGAUUCUCUACAAACAGCAGCUGAUAUUGGCUCCUGUUUAAGUGGCAAUUUGCCAUCAAAAGGUCCAUUACAUGCUAUACAAGCACCGCUAAGCAGAAUUUCUAAACAAACAGUAGCUGGCUUGCGUGUUAGUUCAGCUAUACAACAGACAUGCACACUUGCUUAUUUAGAGAAUCAAGUUUGUUCUGCAUUGGCUAUUGAGUCUGCUAUAGAGUAUAGAUUUUGGUUAACGACUUAUGCUAGGUACUUGGUUCAAUCAGAAGAUGAAUGCAGAUUGAGGGACCUCUGUGAAGAUUUAUCUGGUGUCAAUCAAGGAAGAAAUGAUGCUGAAACAAAACCAAAAAUAUUGUGCUUUGAUAAAAGAGAUUUAUUGAAAGAUAUUCUUCCGAUAAUAGCGACAAACUUGCGAUUUCAACGUUUCUACUCGGAGUUCCAGCAGCAAUUAGACCAAAAGAAAGUUUGAUUAUAUAUGUAUUUAUUUUUAAUGUAUUAUAAAAAUAGAAUAAAACUGUAAAUUUUAA